GCGUGGCCCGGAGAGGGUUCCAGCGCCGGGCUCCCAGCUCCGGGCUCUACAAACCACAUGGCACCCACUUUCUACCACUACCUGCCGGCGCCCAUGGACGAGAAAUGGCAGGAGCAGGGCCGGGGUCUCCGCCCGCGGUACCUGGUGGCCGCGGCCUUGGUGGUCCUGUUCCAGGCGGCCUUGGUGACCCUGCUGAUCUACUUCGCCGUCAGGGCGAACAGCGAGGCCUGCAGGGACGGGCUGCGGGCGCAGGAUGAGUGCCGGAACAUCACGCACCUGCUGCAGCGCCAGCUCACCCGCGCCCAGGACGGCCUGCUGCAGGCGGAGACGCAGGCCAACACCUGCAACCGCACCGUGGUGACCCUUCAGGAUUCCCUGGAGAAGCAGGUGUCUCAGGUCCGGGAGCAGCAGGCCCGCAUCCAGGAGCUUGAGAGCAAGGUCAUGACGCUGAACCAGGAGCUGGAGAAGCUGAGGACCGCUGAGGAAGCUUCUAGAACAUCGCAGAAGAACUCUGCCAGCUCCGUGGUGCUCUCCAGCCUACUGAUGUUCACAGUGAUGCUGAUUCUGCUCUUUUGAGGAUCCAAUACUUAGUAGGCUACAGCCUGUUUUGACACAGAUGCGGUUGCACCUGUUUGAAGUCACUGGGGACCACGGUGGCUCUGGAGGCAUCGUGGCAGCUCCGAGGAUGCAGACGCCACUGAGUGGAGCCUGGAUUGUACCUCCCUCCCUGACUUAUGACCGGGGAGGGUGAGGCGCACCUCCUUUUUUUGUUUUCAUGGUUACUGGGGAGGAAUUUCUUAGUUCUGAUGUUUUUGAGUUACGAAUAAUAAUUUGGAAAGAAAACUUGCUUCUAA